AUUUUAUCUCAAAACUCAAAAGUAACGAUAUAUGAGACAAGCGAAGAAGGGGAAACAUGGCAGUAGACGGUCGUAAAAUAAGACAAUCUUUGUAUGAAGGUUCGGACAUAGAACAUGAUUUCCGAUGUUCCCCUUGUAGUAAAGGUGGGAAGAAUGAAGCCGCUAUCAAGCACUGUGUGGAAUGUGAUGAAAAUCUGUGUCAAAGUUGUAUGGAUGAUCACAAUAAAUUUUCAUCCAUGACAGGCCAUCAGUUACUAGAUACAGUGAAACAACCGAGCGGGCGACAGCAGGAACUACCAAGUCAGAGAUGUGAGAAACAUGGAGGAAAAUCGAUAGAUGUCUACUGUCCUGGUCAUGAUACAGUAUGCUGCUCGAGGUGCAUAUCCGUUGAACAUAGUGGCUGUAAAGGAAUAAUAUUCAUACCAGACAUCGCGUGUAAGACUGACACCACUCAGAAACUAAAGCUGCUUGAAACUGAAAUAAACACUCUUCAGGCCCGCUUUCAUGCCUUCAAACAAAACAAGCAAGAAGAACUGGGAAAUGUUAAGAAAGAAAAGGGUAAAUUGAUUGAAGAAAUAAAAUCAGAACGAAAGAAAAUCAACGACCGUUUGGAUAAGAUGGAAAAAGAACUUCUUCAAGAAGCAGAUGCCAUCUUUCAGAUAAAACUGCAACAUAUAGAGUCAAACUUGAAAGACGUUGGUGCAAGGAUCGCUGUACUACAAGAAAGUUUACAGAAGAUAAAUGCUGCUAAACAUGAAAACGAAUCGGAGAGAUAUGUACAGAUAAAGCGCGUCAACGAGGAAAGAAAAACUGCAAGCGAUUGUUUAAAAGACUUUGAAAGGCCAAGUAAAACAGACAAAUUACGGUUCGAUCCAUAUCAGACUGAUUCGGAAUGCAACACUAUUGGAAGCAUACUCCAUCUUCCAGCCAUUGAAGUCGAAAAAUGUUUUGGUGAAUUUAAUGUUAAGGUAGCAGAUGACUGGUUUAGAUGCGAUAUAACUGACAUGUGUAUGUGCAAAGACGGUUGUAUAGUCAUGGUGGAUUCCAACAACAAGCGGAUCAAGAAAAUGAACAAUUCCUUCCAGGUCAUUUCUUCGCUGAAAAUCUCUAGCACUCCUAGUUGUAUUUGUGAGAUAAACUCGUCAAUAUUGGCGAUUACUCUGUGGAAAGGGAGAGUUAAGUUUAUCUCCAAUGAAGAUCCAAUGAAGGUCACACACUCGUUCAAACUCGGUUUAGGAUGCCGAGGUAUUGGAUAUAAUGACGGGAUGUUAUAUGUUUGCUGUGGCGGUUGGAAACAAAGCCCUGACUUUGAAGGCGAUGGUCGUAUAAAAGUAUUUUCCAUGUCUGGAGUACUUCAAUAUGAAUUAUCUUAUCAAGGUGAAAUUGAAUGGCCUCGACGUUUGUCAUUUUCAAGCUCUUCAAAGCGUUUCUUUGUGAUUGACGGGUAUCAAGGUAUCAUUCAUAUAGAUAAAAACCGAAGCAUAACAAAAGCUUAUGUAGAUAACAAAGCUGGCCCCUGUUGUAUAUGUAAGAUAAACAAGAAUCUGUUCUGUGUUGCUCAUGAGUCAGGAAAUCUACUUUUGAUGUCACAUGACGGGAAGGAUCAGGUAGAACUACUGAUCAAACACGCUCGUAAAGCAAAGCCUUCUAGUAUGUGUUUCGAUAACAAAACAUCACGGCUUGUAGUCUGCCAUAUGGGAAGUAACAAAGUUUUCGUUUAUGCUUUAAAAGUAACUGAUUGAUUUAUUUAAAUGGACAUACCGGUACAUCUUGUGAUUAAAUCUGAUAGAACUACCGCUUGUGAAAUGAGGCAGAUGUGUGUCUCUGAAUAAAGUGAAAAGAAGAUUACUUUAACAUUGUGUCACAAAGUAUAUAUUAAAUAGCAUGUAAUAUAAUAUUUCUGGACGAUAUAUUGCAGCGUAAGAAUUAUGUUAUAUACACAUUACUUGUUUUCAUUAAAAUUCAAAGGCAUAUUUAUUUGAUGACUUCAAAAGAAUCCUGCAACUACAUGUAUAUUAAAAAUAUUAGUAAUGCAGCAUAACAAAUAACAAUGAAAGUUUUAAAGUACAUUAAUUGAAAUUUCAUUCAAAUGGUUGAUUUUCACUAUUUACGGCGUUUGAAAUAAUAAAUACGUCAAAGAUAAGCAAACAUGUAGGAAAACGACCGAUUUUCACUAUUUGUGGUGUUUUAAUUAUUACAUCAAAUAUAAUUAUACAUGUAGGAAAAUGCAUGUACAUAUGAAACACAGCUAAAUUUACUUCAAAAUAAAAUCAUUACAUUGUGUCACACAUAAUAUUCUGUUUGUGGAUAGCUGUUGAGCUGUAUAUGGAACAGACCUAUGCAGUGACAUAAAAACUGAUAGCUCAAUAUCGAAGUAUAUUAAAGGAGGAAACUGAACAAUCUAUGGAUUCAUUAAUUGUUUUUUCUUUCUUUCAUUUUGAUUGAUUGAUUAUUUGUUUGUUUGUUUGUUUAUUUUUACAAAACAAACUGUGCAUUCACAAUUAAUUUUAAACAUAUGAAUGAUAUUUGCCAAUAACUGAAAUGAUAUUUCUACUCGAUUUUUAUUGGAGAAAACUUUAAGUUCAUUUUCAACUUUACUUGGAUCCCACCAACACUGGGUUGAGGGACAUAAACUUAAACCACUAGACCACAUAGCAUUUCGAACACCUCUUCGAUCACCAAAUAUCGUCUCGAAUACAACGGUAAUUCCAACACGUGACUUUCGAUGUAAACAUAUCUAGUGGUUAUAUCUUUGAUAUACUCAUUGGUGAAAUUCGGUAAAAAAAGAAAAACAAAAAAAAACAUUUAUAAUUAAAAAUGAUUUCUGACAAUCAGUAUAUGAAAGGACAGAAAAAUUGUGAUAGGUCUACAUUGUAUAUUAAACGAGAUCGUAAAGUUAACGUAUUCAUAUCUACCAGUUGUAUAGCAAGGGACUGUACACAUUUAGUUAAUAUAUAGAUAUUUGUUUUCUUUUAAUCUUAUUUAAUUUAUCAGAAGUAAAUUUGUAAACAUAAAGAAAUGUGCUUAUUUAUUUAUUUGAAAUUAUUGCAUUAUUAUAUAGAGUUUACAUCGUUUACAUUUAUUUUGAAUUGAUAUCAAGACAUUAUAGUUAUGAUUAUGGUCAUAUUAGUUCCUUUUAUUUAAUAUAUUUUCUUGUUUGGUUGCUCCACUUUUCCAAAAUGAAUACUGUAUAGUCGCCCUUAAGAUAUAUUGCUUGCUUUUUAGAUUUGUCUCUUGUCGUCUACGGGGCUUUUCUCUAUCUAAAUUAUUUUUUAAUUAUUAUAAAUUCCGCCAAAAGUUUUUUUCCUUGUUUAGGGCUCAUACAUUUGUCUUUCUUUUUGAGAACCGCCUGCCGCUUUUUUAAAUGUCACUUACGUGUUGAUCACAUUAAAGAUUACAUGAUCAUCGCCGUAUGCAUGCACGUCUGUGUUUCUAAAAUCAAAACUUCAUCAUUUAUAUAUUUGUAUACUGAAUUCUGCAUGAGCCAACGAUUAGGGUCGUGGACGGUAGUUUGACAUGGUUUGUGCAAUUACUUGUUUUAAACUCCUUGUGCAUAUUUUGUGUUUUUAAAUAAUGUUCAUUCUUUAUGUGUACACCAUAUGCCUGAACGUUUUGCAAA